AUGCGGGGUCGUAAUGUACUCUUGUUGAUCCUGAUUGCCAUCGGAUUGAGGAUUUACCAGGUUUGGUGGACCUGGAAAGCCGUCUCAGAUGAUGAUUAUUACAGCCUGGGAUGGCGCGAUGUUGGAGCAACCACGACCAUUUACGUUAUUGAAAACGAUUUGGAAACAUGCAGAACACAAUUUCGGUUUUAUUGCAAGUGGCUAGAAGGUGCGUGUAGAAACGAAAGGUUUACACAGAAGAUGUCGACUGGAAGACACUACAAAAAUGUGUUUUAUUUUCACCAGGGUAAUGUGGACACUGAGUUCACCAGCCUCCUCAACAACAUUUCAACUGCCUGCAAUACCGAUUUUCGCAGCGUACAAGUUUUCACCAAGUACAACUGGUCUUUGUCCACUGUGGAAGGAUCAAAUGUUGUGGUUGCUAGUUGCGACGUAGAUGGCCCCUUUUUGCCCAAAUAUUUUUUGGGUUUGGGCUAUUCAUUCUGGACCGAUGCAUAUACAUCAAAAUUCCAGCACGGUGCUCGCUUCGUUGCAAACAUGGUGAAUUGUGAAGAUGGCGAAACAAAUCUGGUUCUACCGGUUGCAAUACACAAUUCUUUGCUGGAUCAGUUCGACGGCCAUCAUGAUAUCCUAAGUGGUCGCAACUUGUCACUGUGGUUUAAGCGGAGGCAAAUGUACAAAUCGGAGUCUGACAUUCAAUGGGCAUUUCUUGGUUUUCAUGCAGAAGGUAUGAAUUGGAAAAGGCUUUCACAGGCGCGAGUUUCUAUUUGUGAAAUCCAGCGCCAGACUCAGAGCCGCAGUGGGGCUCCGCACCCUUGGGAAGGACUUUUCCUCGAAACCAAAUUUGCAAAACAGCUCCCAACCAACUCUUUACGACUUUACAAGGAUGUAUCCCUGCGGCUCUUUGAAAAGAGUCGUGAGCCAGUGCCGAUCGACAGAACUCUUGUUGUGGUGGCCUUCCAGGAGAAGACUGAAGAGUGCAAGUCGAACAUGAUUUAUUUUUUGCAAGUUGCCGUGAUUCCAGAUGAUCUUGCAAAUGUGCCCCUGGACUAUAUCAUUGUUGUAAGUGGGGACACAACACUUCACUUUCCGAAGCUGAAGAACUUGCGUCUCAUGCAUACGUCCAGCCCAUGUUUUGAUUUUGGCCUGUGGGGCAUUGGUCUGAAGUCGCGGACCUUGGCCCAUACCACUUUUAUUCUCCUCAAUCCAACUGUUCGAGGGCCUUUCUUGCCAGCUUGGUACACAGCCCAUUGGUCUUCUUCAUUUCUCUCCAUGCUUGACAACAAAGUCAAAUUGAUUGGGGCGAGCAUGAAGUGUCCAGAGAGCUCUGAGGGACCCUUGAUUUAUGUGCUUAGUGCAGCAAUGGCACUGGACAAGAUUGGAUUACACAUGGGAUUGAAGGCUGGUGUUUUUGAUUGUGCAGCACAGAGCGACAUGCAAAACGAAGGACAUUUUGUACAAGUACUCAGAAAUGCUGGGUUGAGAGUGGAAUUUCAAUUAGAAACAGACUCAAAGAAAAGCUCAACAUGGCAGGGGAAUGGAUGCCUUCCCGUUCCCGAUGCAUUUCAUGACACAAAUCCUUUCCAUGGGUCAACUCCACAUCCAUUUGAACUCGUUUUCUACACCACCGGACAGAAGACGCAGACGCCAUUCAUGAACUUUUUGUCUGUCCAGACCUCUUUGUCAGUAGCACCCAAGCUUGUGGACUCCAAUUUCAUCGUCAUGUUGAGCCACACUUCCUCAUUGUUCGAAGAGUCUUCCCGCAUCCUGGUGGAAUUGGGCAGUAUCAUGGUGAAGAAUGGCUUUGACGUGCGAGUCUUGGCUCCUGACCAGGGUCCUUUGCAAAAGGAACUUUCCGAGAGGCGUGUGGCAACAGGCCUUUUGGAUUUGCAUCCAAGAUGGAAAGAAGAUGGAUUUGAUUUGCUGGGAUUGAUUCUAAGAGUUUUUUGGGAUCGUUUGCCAAGCACAGUGAUUUGCAACACUCUCUGGUGGGCUCGUGCACUUGCUUUAAUUCCACCAAUACGGGCACGAUCUCCUGCCUUUGUUCUUUUCGUACACGAAAAUGAGAUCAUUGUGCCCAAUUGGGCCGAAGAUUCUUUCGCAGUAUACAACAAAGACCGUAAACAUGUUGUGCCAGGCCUGCUCAGUGUGAAAUCACGGGAUUCUUGGUAUGGUGAGCCCGUGCCGGUGUUCGAUGGCCAAGACCGUAAGACAUUUCUGGCAAAUAUUGAUUCUGUGGUUUUUCCAGCAGAAGCAAGCAGGAAACUGUGGCUAGACUCUGACUCUGGGAACUUUCAAGAAAACUUCAAUGUAUUCAACAAUUUUUUGGAUUUUUCUGAUGUGCAUCACAGAGCUGGUGUAGGCUUGCACAGUCGUUUGGACACGGCACAUUCAGUCCAGAUGCAACCUGGACAACAAGGAAUUCUGCGCACAGUUCGAGCAUCUGUCCGGAAGGAGUUUGGUUACUCUGAAAACGCCUUCGUAAUGACAGUCACUGGUCCAAUCUGUGCACGGAAGAAUCAGCUCGCACUUCUGCAAGAUGGUGUGCUGAGUUUACUCAAUAGAUAUUUGUUUGAUCAGUGGAUGAUUUUGGUGAUUGGUAAGAUGGAUGAGUCUUCUUCAACAGAAUAUCUCAACAAAUUUUUGAGCAUGGCACAAACUGCUGGCUUGUCGAAGCACGUGCAUGUGCUUCCAUACAACCCAGCAGAUCUGACGUACACAGCUGCAGCUGAUUUGCAUGUGAGCGUUUCGCGAAUGGAGGUGAGUCCUCUAAACACCUUGGAGGCGAAGAUGCUCGGCAUUCCUGUGCUCAUGACACCAGCAGGUGGAUCAGCUGAGCAAAUGAUUGCCGACAAAAUCGAUGGCUAUUUGCUUCUAGAUUUUGAACAGCGCUCUUUGGAAGACGCAUUGUGGAGAAUAUUUUCUCAUAGAGAUCCUUUGGCUGCCAUGCACGAAGUUGGAUUGGCCGGUCAAGCGGUUGCCCUCGCAAUGUUUACAAGUGAAACAGCAGAGCCUCGAUUGACGCUUUUGACGAGUAAUAUUGUAACAGAUGUGGCUAAAAGCACUUCAAAUCCAUCAAACUCUUUGGUGGGGAUCAUGGUGCAACUUGAUGAUUCAGAGUCUUGGGUCAAGACCCAAAGCUGUCUGCGAAAGACUCUGGACCUGAUAUUUCAAGCCUCUGGACGAGCAAACGUCUACAUCACUACUUCUUUUCAAUGGAAAAAUCAUGCAAAGGCAACACAAACUUUGUAUAAACAUGCUGCCUUACAGCAUUUGUUGGUGUGGAGAUCAUACACAAGAUCCAGUGAAGGGCGUUUCUUGCAGCAAUUGCUCCUCACAAGACAGAUGCGAUUGAGCCACGACCUUUUGUUCAGAUUUUCUUCUGAGUCGCUUGACCUGGAUUCUGGCACGACAAAUUCGCUGUGUGGCACCAUGGGGAAAGGCCAAUCCAUUCUCCAGAUGUUCCGGGAUCGAUCUGACGUUGGAAUGCUGGGAAGAUCUCUGCCAGAUGGCAAGCGUUCUGCAUCCGCUGAUCGGGAAGUCAAGGAAGUCUGGAAGCUUCUUGAGAUGACUUCGAAAGUCAAUUCUGCAACUUUGUCAACCUUUGAUGCGAGUGCUUAUUGGGCGCGAGGCAAUCUGUCAGUUUGGAGUAGCCUCGUGAAGUUUUCACCCCGGCUCUUGGCCAAUAUGGGUCAAGUGAAUGUUGGAUGCCAAAAUAAGAGGUGCGAUUUGGAUGUUGGAUUGAAACAAGUCGUACCAACUCUGGCCGCUAUGACUACAAAGGUGAUUUCACCUCUGAAGAAGUAA